AUGUUUUCCAAACUACUCCUCUUCGCUGCUCUCGCCCUCGUGGGCGGCAAGUACUUCCCUGCUCCUGUACUGGGACAAUGGGGUACCUUCGUCGUCGCUCUAUCUCUCGAAAUCGCAAUCAACCUCGUCGCCGUGUGCUGGCUGUGGCCAUCCGUCCUGAGCCCUCUCCGAAAAAUCCCUGGUCCCAAGGGCGGAAGCUUCCUUUUCGGCCAUGGACUCGAGGAACUGGGCCGCGCUACCGGCGUCCUGGCGUGGGAGUGGGGCAAGGAGAUUGCUCACACAGACUUCCUCCGUUGCACCGGCUUCUUCGGCGAGGAGAAGCUGCUCCCCAUGAGCCCCAGCGCCGUCAGGCAGAUCGUGAACAACGAGGACAUGAAGUGGCCCGACGGCUUCCGCGAGGCGCUGGGCCCCAUGCUCGGUGACGGGCUCGUCCUCGCCGAAGGUCCGCGGCACAGGCGCAUGAAGAAGGCCCUCGGCCCGGCCUUUACGCCCUCGCAGCAGCGACGCCUCGUGCCGGACAUGUGGAAGCAGGUGCAGCGGUUCCGGUCGAAGCUGCUCUCCAUCGUCGACGACGCGCCCCACGGCGUGGCCGAGCUCAACAUGCUCGACUGGACCAACUACUGCACCUUCGACAUCCUCGGCGCCACCCAGUGGGGCGCCGACUUCAAGGGCAUCGAGGACCCCUCGCACUUCUACGACCUCUUCGACCGCAACUUCCCCAUCGAGGGCCACAAGGGCUGGGACGCCUUCUGCGUCUACGUGCUGCCCCUCUUCGUCAACCACACCCUGCUCAACAAGCUGCCCAUCAAAAAGUACCAGGAGCAGCUCAAGGACCGCCGCCACAUGAACGAGCGCUACCGCCAGUUCAUGGAGGAGCGCAAGAGCAAGGACAUGUCGACCGACGGCGAGGGCACGCACAAGGACAUGCUCUCGGUGAUGCUCAACACCAAAGACCUCACCGACUACGACCUGAUCGAGAACGCCAUGACCUUCACCGCCGCGGGCUUCGGCACCAACGCCGCCACCCUCAUCUGGGCCAUCUACGUGCUCGCCACGCGCCCGCUCGUCGCCGCCCGCCUGCGCGCCGCCGUCCGCCAAGCCGUCCCCGACCCCGCCCUGCCGCUAUCCAGCGCCCAGCUCGACUCCAUCGCCUACCUCCACCACUUCGUCAUGGAAGUCACCCGCCUCUACCCCUCCAUCCCCAACUCCUGGAAGCAAGCCGCCGCUCCCACCACCGUCGCCGGCGUCCCCAUCCCCAAGGGCACCCAGCUCACCAUCCCCACCUUCGCCAUCAACCGCUCGCCCGCCGUGUGGGGGCCCGACGCCGACGACUUCGUGCCCGAGCGGUGGGCGCCCGAGAACAGGCGGGCCGGCAUGGAGACGAACGGGUCGUACCUGACGUUUUCGAUGGGCGCCAAGUCGUGCAUCGGCAAGGAGUACGCGCUGCGGGCGCUCAAGGCCGUGGUCGUGGGCUUGGUCGGCAGCUUCGAUUUCGCGUACGACGGGCCGGAUCCGUUGGCGGAUCUGGUGCCCGGGCUGACGCUGAGGCCGAGGGGCGGGUUGGUGGUGAGGGUUUCGAGGGCGGAGGAGUGA